AUGUCCUCACGAAGUACUCGUAUCUCCACUGCUAUUGAUAGCUUAGUGCGCCGAUUUCAAGUAGAUAUUCCUGGAGAAGAUCCUGCGGACGCGGAAGAAAGAGAAAGCAAUGCUACCGACUUUGUACGGGAAAUUCUGGGAAGCUCAAAAGCAACUGCUGUUGUCGCAGAUGUAAAUCAAGCUUCGGAUUUGAUAAAGAAACGAUUAAUACAAACAAACCCAAGUCCUAAUGAAGCUUUACGAUUUACAACCCUAUAUAGCCGGCUCCUCUCCAUACCGGUCAUUACACAAAAAUGGGCAGUGCUUUACUUCCUGUAUCAACUAGGCGACCAAGAGAAACUCAGACCUUCUGGACUGACGAGCCCUUUUAUGAGUCCAGUAAACAAGAAGAAACCUAAGAGACCUGCCGAGGACCAAGAUACUGCCAGCGCUGCUCCUCUUCGAGAUAUCCGUCGAAACAUUCAAACAGAUGGGAAUUUUGACACUCAAAGCCAAACAUCGCGAGAAGAGAGAGAAUUCGACGAUGCUUUUGCGCCUUCUGGGUUGAGGAAGUUACCGGAACGAGAAGGUGGCCAGCGAGAUAGAAGGGAGGAAGAGCAGGUAUUUGCGAAGACACCAGGUAGCCAGCGGGAGGGCGUCGCAUUGAAGACGGCUCUACUAGCAGAAAAUUACGUCGAAAUUGAUCCCCCGGAAAUCGCACUACUUAGGGACUUGCCAUUCACAUUACAAGGCCUGUCGUCCUCGAAUUUACCAUUUGAUGCCCAAUCAAGCCUCAGACUCCCCGAUACUUUACCUGUGCCAAUAAUCUCCAUUCUCCAUACAUUAGCUGAGCCAUCGCUAUUAUACAGAAGUUUAUCUGGGUUUGUGCAGACAAGCGAUGGCGGCCUCCUAGGACAGAGUUUACGAGCCGCUAUUGCAGGAGAGCUUAGGUCAUAUCUUGGACUAGUAGCAACGCUAGAAGGUCAAAUCCGACGAGCACUUUCGUCGUUAGACGAGAAUGAGCCAAGAGGAGGUGUUGGAAAGGCAGGGGUUACUCUUAAAAGAUGCGUAGUGUGGACCCGAGAAGCGACGAUGGGCUUGAGGUUGAUGAGUCUGAUUAGUGAGGAAUCAAAAAGCAAAAAGGGUGGCCAGCUCAUCACGUUGAUCCAUGGAUUUUCAUCAUCGCAUGGGGAUCCAAUGGUAGGAGCUUUCGCCGAACGAUUGUUGAGUCAUGUCACUCGGCCGUUUUAUGACAUGCUUCGACAUUGGAUAUAUGAUGGAGAAUUAUCCGAUCCAUACCAUGAAUUUUUUGUUUCGGAACAGGAUCCCAAUGCGAUUCAGGAAGCCCAAGAUGGCAGAAGUAGAGGAGGUGCUAGCAGUGUAUGGGAGGACAAAUACAAACUUAAUGAAGAUAUGGUACCAAGUAUCAUCACCCAGGACUUUGCUCAAAAGGUCUUCCUAAUUGGUAAAUCCCUGAACUUUAUCCGUUAUGGUUGCGGGGAUUCUCAAUGGGUGGAAGAGUACUCAAAAGACGCUUCGAAAGAACUACGAUACGGUGAUACUGCGACUUUAGAGACAUGGAUCGAUGAGGCUUAUAAGACGACCAUGGCCCGACUAAUCCACUUGAUGUCAGAGAAGUUCCAUCUGUUCGAACACCUCAAGGCUCUUAAAAAUUAUAUCCUCCUAGGGCAAGGAGAUUUCAUCGCUCUACUCAUGGAAUCUCUUGCAUCAAAUCUUGAUCGUCCGGCAGGCGCUCAAUAUCGUCAUACUCUCACCGCUCAACUUGAGCACGCUAUUCGUGGUUCUAAUGCGCAAUACGAUUCGCCCGAGGUUCUCCGCCGUCUCGACGCUCGUAUGUUACAACUUUCACACGGUGAUAUAGGUUGGGAUUGUUUCACCCUUGAAUACAAAAUUGAUGCUCCUGUCGAUGUCGUUGUAACGGAAUGGGGUAAUCGACAAUACUUAAAAGUAUUCAACUUCCUAUGGCGCAUCAAGCGUGUUGAAUUUGCCUUGUCGACUACUUGGCGUAAAUGCAUGACUGGCGCCCGUGGCGUCUUACUUGGAUCUCCUGAUCCCGCCUUUCAUCAAUCAUGGAAACAAACUCGCGGCGUCCUUGCAGAGAUGAUUCAUUUUAUCGCACAACUACAAUACUAUAUCCUCUUUGAAGUUAUCGAGUCUUCUUGGGAUGAGCUCCAAUCCGCUAUCCACAAAGAUGGUUGCACACUUGACGAUCUUAUCAAAGCGCAUACUAAAUAUCUCAAUGCCAUCACACACAAAGGUCUGCUAGGCGCCAAGAAAAAGCAUUCAAAUGAUCUUGAUGAUAAUACGUUCAUGGUUCAAUUGGGCGAAAUUCUUAGAUUAAUGCUCUCAUACCGCGACGCAGUUGACGGUCUUUAUUCCUUCAGCGUAACCGAAUACUCAAAACGUCAAAACGCCAAUUCUCCAUCCAUCCCGCGUCCAGGCACAUCUACCUCCUCUCGACCCGGAACUCGCUUCGAUGAUUAUCCUUCAUCUAAAUCUCCAUUCGAGAACCCUAAUCCUGCACUUCUAAAUCUCAAUCUUUCAAAUAUUCAAGGCGAAGAAGAAGAAUUUCCCUUACUAGCAGAGAGAUUGAGUGGGUUGGGAACGCAAUUUAAAACGAGGAUUUCGCUAUUGCUCGGCGAUUUGGCUUAUCAGCCAGACACAGACAUGAGGUUCUUGGGUGUGGUAAUGAAUUUUAAUGAUGUAUAUACGGGAGUCAGGCGGAAGAGUGCCCGAGAAAGGGAGCGAGAAAGAGACAAGGGGAAGGGCAAAGCUAGAGAAGGGAGAUCUGGCGAGUCGAGUGCCAGGGAAAGAUAA